UCUGCGUUCUUGGAAUUGAGAAACAGCCUAAGUGAACCGAACAUGUCCCCUCCCGGUCACCGUAGUAAAUAUUCUGGUGUUUAUUUGUCAGUCAGUCGCAUAGUGGCAAUGAAAAAUACAGCAAACUGUUCGGAAAAAUACUGAGCUGAGGAGGAGGAGGAGGAGGAGGAGGAGCAGCAGCAGCAGCAGCAGUAGCAGUAGCAGUGUUAUUCCGUCUUCUGCAACCAGUCAGUUUGUGAUGGAACAGAUUCGGCAGCAGUGGAACUGCGAGUCUGGACCGCAGUCACUGUUCGGCUUUGAUUUAGAGAGAUCAUAACAUGGAAAUCCAGAACCAACCGAUCCUAGCAUUUAGAAGUUGAAGAACAACCUUUAUUACAUUCUUAACCUACUACUUUAUCUGCUGCUACGAAUUAUCUGUUUUCAGAUCUUCAUAGUUUGUUUUAAUUGUCAGCAACGUCAUAGUCUCCACCAUGGUUCAGAAGUAUCAGUCCCCUGUGAGGGUGUACAAACAUCCUUUUGAACUGGUCAUGGCAGCAUAUGAGAGGAGGUUUCCCACCUGUCAUCUUAUCCCCAUGUUUGUGGACAGUGAUGUGAUCAAUGAGGAGAACAGUGAGGAUGGAUCCAUUCAUAAGAUUGAGAGAAGGUGUAAACUGGACGUGGAUGCACCACGACUCCUCAAACGGAUUGCAGGUGUGGACUAUGUCUACUUCAUUCAGAAGAACUCCCUGAACCAUAGAGAAAGAACUCUUCAUAUUGAAUCCCACAAUGAAACCUUCUCCAACAGAGUCAUAAUCCAUGAACUUUGCUGUUACUCGGUGAGAAAAAUCAAUCUCAUAUCUCAUGAUGUGCUUUUAAGCAUGUCAUUAGAAACUUUAAUUUGGUUGUAUAACAUGAAUGGACACCCACAUUUGGCACCUUUAUAUCAAUUUAAAAAAAAUCCUUAGGCAACAAAUUAAAGGGGAAAGAAUAAAAAAAAGUAUAACAGUCCUAACUGUGAGAGCUUCAGCCCCACAAAAAAAAAAAAUUAUUUUUUUUUAUUAUUAUUUAUUUCAUAUGGGAUGAGCUGAGUCUAUGAUGUUUUAAACAGCUGAAAUCUGUUUAUAAAAUGGGAUUAUGCACGCAGUGGUGUGAUGGCAGUAUUUGUCUGCACUGUAUAUGUGGCCACAUAUUUUGUGUUGUAGUACUCAAGACCGGUCUUGGUCAAAAGUUUUUGAAGGUCUUGGUCUUGUCUUGGUCUCGGCCGCAUUUGGUUUUGGUCUUGUCUUGGUCUCAGACUAAAAGGACUCGGGAUUUUAUUUCAAGGCCAGUCAAGACCACAACUGCGGGGAUAUCUCUAAAUUGUUGUUGCAUUGUCUGAUUUCUUUAACAUCAUUAAUUUGAUUGGAUGUAAAACUUCCUGCUUCAAAUGCAACCAAUAACUUAUUUCUAAUUUAAUUAGGGCCCAAGCACCGAUGGUGUGAGGACCCUAUUGGAAUUGCUCUGUUUAUUAGGGCCAAAGCCCAAGGGGGCUGAAGGCCCUAUUGUUUUCUUUA